CCUUCUUUCAACGUUCACUUUAUUCUGACUUCACCUACCUUUACAAGGAAAGACUUUCCCGCCUCUACCAAGGUGUUAGCCUUUCAACGGGAACUUGGACUUAGCCAACUAGUAGCUUGAACAUCACUCAACCCAUCGCACUACCGCUGAGUUGGAUGUUUUGAGCAUAAUCGUUUUGUCGGAGAGGAGGAAUAAAUAAAAAAGAUCAUAGAAAGAAGCGAUAGGAGCGUGUUGGUUAAUCGCCGGCGGCGCACGAGGAGAGGUACUGGGAGCCGAACGGGACACAGGUUCUCAUGUCAGCCACAACCACUUUGACGGCGACCAUGGCAGAGUUGAAGCCGGAGCCAGUGCAUAGUAGUCUCUGGCCGAACUAUGGCGGUCCGGUGCCCUUAUCAACUCGGUUCUCCAAUACCAUGGACUCGAACCUUUCGCACUCAUCGACAACUUCAUCGCAGCAUCCGGGGCGGCCACGAAGUAGUCACCCCACCAUCGAACACCCUUACCCGUAUCCUCGAUACCCACAGGAGGAGUCCGAUGGAUUUGACAGAUACCCUCAGCCUUCUCUAACUCAGCAUCACAGUUUUCCUAACCUGAAGAGGCCGCACCAGCCUGGCGAGCACCCGCCGUACCAGGAGAUUGUGCAGGAUCUAAGAGACGACGGAUCGAAACUCACUGUAAACCACGACCACAAGCUGCUCUCCUUCCGGAGGGUCCAGGAUAAGCACACCAUAGUUGACCAGCAUGGGCGAAUGCAACAGCUUGAACUGACGGCGCAACUUCAUGGAAUGUUCUUUCUUUCAGAAAUGCCAUCAAGCACGAGCGACGGCGCAAUUCUACAGCCAGAGCUGACGUGCUACCGGAGGAACCUAUUCCAGAUUAGUGGUUCGCUUAUUACACCGCGAGGCCAGCUCUCCGUGAUUCUUCCCGAGACGGGCGAGACCGUCCCCGUGAACAGCACCGAGGUUACUAUCUCCGCGAUUGAGUCGGUCGACGGUCAUCCUGUACGGCUCAUUGUUAUCCCUUGGAAAACGCCACCGCCAAAUUCUCCCGAACUCCCACAGACCCCAGAUCAGGAGCCGCCUUCGUUACCAUUGAUUCCAUUCCCAGACGAUGGACAAGAAGCAGAGGGAGAGUACGCCGUUUAUCCCAUCGGGUGGCGGCGUUUGCAAUUUAGAAUAGCGACCGCGAACAACGGGAGACGGAAAGAACUUCAGCAGCACUUUGUGCUACAUCUAAAAGUGGUGGGAACGCUGGCAAAUGGAUCGAAGGUUGUCCUGACAGAAUCCACGACAGCGCCCAUUGUGGUUCGAGGUCGCAGUCCACGAAACUUCCAGGCCCGAAAGGAGAUUCCCCUGCUAGGAUCUAGCGCUGGCUCGCGAGGACAGGCUUUAGUUGAGACGGGGCUCGGAAUUGUCGCGGGUCCCUUGAGUGUAAAGGCUCAGGAUCCAAAGCUGCGAGGCUUAAAUUUGGAACUGCCCAGGACAGCUUUUACCUUUAACGCGUCGAAGCUCCCUGGCAGUCCAAUGACUAUGCGAUCCAAUUCAUACCCGAGUUGGAACCCUCCUAGCCAAUUACCCCUUUCCGGAAUGCCAACUUCAGCUACAGCCAGCUACCCACCAGCGAGCAUACCAGCCGAUUCGUACCAGAAGAUGCCGCUUUCAGGAACCUCGAAUUAUUCGCAAGAACCGCAGGAGAUGCCCAUGCAGACUUCCAUGCCAUCGAUGCAGCUAUCACUAGCUGCGACCGAGCAGCAACCACCAGCGAUUCGAACGCAGUACGCGUACGUCCAGGGAACCUCCGCCCCACCGCAGCUUUCAGUGACGACGACGUCGAUGGGUAGUAGCUCGGAUCAUGGCAACUUGAGUGUACCGAGAUACGUAGACUCGAACCCACGGCCAGCAAAGAGCCCACGCCAUGCUAGUCACCAAUCCGUUCCUAGCAGCAGCUCCAUGAAUAACAACAACGACAGUUCCGAGUACCGGUACGGUCCUUCAGGUUAUGUGCCCGUAAACAGCAAUUCGAGUGAGCUGAACUCGGCAUCGACAUACAGCGCCGAUAGCGGUAAUACUGGUGCUGCCACAAGUGCCACCAGCGCCGCCUCUUCGUCAGCUGGCGGCCACUCUCAGUCGCAUCAACAACCACCAUCGCACCAGCCACCACCUCGCGACUAUUACCCGCCUUCGACGUCAUGGACGAGCACGGCAGGCGAGCAUAGUAGCGCUACCGUGCACUCAUACCACGGCAGCGGUGGCGCUGGCAGUGAGAGCAGCAGGCCUUACGCAUUCCCCAGCAAAAGUGACCACCCGCCACCUCCCGGAAGCUAUGCUUCAACCCUGAACCAUUACUCGUGGAGUCCAACGUAAAAUCGUUGGUCGUAAGAGAUAUAAUAAAAGUGAAGAUGACGUACAGAAAUUUUGACGAAAAAUGAACAUGUUUUGCAUUCUCUACCAUUGGCGCAUCGAAAGGAUAUGUGCGUAUGGGAGAGAAUGCGGGGACGAUAGCUCUCGUUGCCGUAAAAAAAAAAGCGCGACUCGAAAUAUAAUGUCGCCUGUAUAAUUA